GAUCGAAUGGUAGUCAGUAAUUGGAGUGUCAAGUAGUGGCACCCCUUCUCGAGAGAUGAUUAAAUUGUAUAAAUGACCUCAGCUGACGCCUGCCUCUGCUCAUCAGUAUACUCUUGACAGUCUGAUAACGCUCUCAAGAAACUAACAAGCUCAGUAAAUCGUGCGCAACACAAAAAUUAACAGCUAAUCAUUGGAUUUCCAUUAUUUUAUGAUAUUCCUAGUGGAUACUACAGGUGUCUGCAUGAUAUUGGACGCGUUGGAGGAGCUCGAGGUGGUGACGAACAAGAUUCAUCAGUUUUUGGUGAAGUGGAGUGCUGAGGGCACCAUCAAGAAGUUCACAAGAAGGGAAAUUUACGAAUUCGUCUUCGAUCGUUGUCACGGGUGUGGUAAGAUGGCAGCGGUACCGCAAGGUGCUUUCGCAGUGCGUAAAGUACGAGAAACUCAUGAGCGAAAUAUUGUAAUUGUGAAAAUGGAGAAGAAGGAAGGGGAUGACCGAGAUAAUCGCGGGAGUGGUUUCAAGAAGAAUUUGACUGAAGGACGUGAACUGACGCCUCUGAAGUACAACAGCAAGUUGAUGAACAGCAUUUGGGGACUUUACAACCGUUACUCCGUUCAUAAUUUCAAGAAGAAUACUGAUCCCGAGGGCGAUGCCGAGACGACGGUGUUCACAGCGGCCUGGGGAAGUUUUUUCGAAAGAGAUGCUUCUGCUUCUGCGACUUCGGCUGAAGUCGUGGGAAAUGCCGCUGCGAAACACUAAUAACCUGAUGAAGCAUUACUAUAUUUGAAAAUUAACGUGUCAAUCAAAUAAAGACGAUAUUUCAUCGAA